AUGCUCGAAUCGAGGUUAGUAAUCCAUGACUAUAAGCACGAUCCAGAGAAUACUAAUUGUUGUGCAGUUUGUGGUGCAGAUGCAUGUGGGCUGCAUUUUGGCGUUACUGCUUGCAGGGCUUGUAAGUUACUUUUAUUGUACUUUUUUUGUUAUUUUCUGUUUUGUAAAGAAAGUUUUUGCCGUUUUUGUUUUUUAGAGAAAGUUUUUGCGAUUUUUUUUGUAAAGAAAGUUCUUGCUAUUUUAUGUUUUGUAAAGAAAGUUCUUGCCAUAUUUUGUUUUGUAAACAAAGUGAUUGCAAUUUUUUGUUUUGGAAAGAAAGUUUUUGCCAUUUUUUUGGAUUUAUAGAGAAAAUUAUCUAUAUUGUUUUAGGCGCAGCAUUUUUUCGUCGUUCAGUAGCUAUGACUAAGAACUACAAGUGCAAACUACAUCACAAUUGUCCAAUACAUAAAGGUAACUUUGAACUUUCAAAAUUUAUUUUGUUAGGAGAGUAAAAAUGACUGAAUUUUGUAAAAUUUUAAUUUCAAGGGACUUUAUUAUGUGCUUUUAAUUUCAGAUUCCAGGAAUAUGUGUAGGGCAUGUCGAUACAAGAAGUGUGAACGGUUAGGGAUGCAGAAGACUAGUAGGUUUAACAAAUUUUUAACUUAAAUAUGUCUUUUCUUUGCCUUAAAUACUGUUUCCAAAACUGUCACGGCGUAUUUUACUAAAGUUUUAGGAUUUCGAUGUACUGCCUACUCUUUUAGCCUUUAUUUAACCAUACCGCACCGUACUGUGUCCUUCAUCUAGCUCUACUCGUGUCUUGUUAGCCUUAGCCUUAGUGUUGUUUUAAUCCUCUAACUUUAUCCUAGCCCUACUCUAGCUCUUCUUUAGCCUUAGUUUAGUUCUACCCUAACCAUAUCCUAGCUCUAUCCUAGCCUUACCCCACCCCUACACUAGCUCUAUUUUACUUUUACCGUAGCCCUAUCUUGAAAUUAAGCUUCACUAGGCUACUUCAACAUUUCAAAGCCAAAAAAAUAAAUAAAAAUAUAUUUUUACUUUUUAGACAUUCAAUUCUACCGAGAACCAUUCGGCCACCGAAAGCUCUUGAAACCGACAAUUAAGAAACCUAUUCCUCUGUCACAUGCCUCUACAUCUACCUCAACAUCAAACGUGUUAGAUAGGAUGAGUGAAGGCUACCAAAAGUACCACGACAAUCAACGAUCUCUCUUCUUUGCCUUAUAUCCAGAAACAAUGUUUCAGGAUCCGGAUACAGUUUGGCGAGAAGUGCCAAUUGUGGAGCAUGUUCGUUUCGAACGGUCGAGUAUACCAUUGGUACUGGCUAUGUUAAAGGAGUAUUUUAGCCCGUAUGACAAGUUUACUAAGGAUGAAAUGGUAAGUCUGAGUUUGGAUACAGUAUGUUAUACUAGGGUAGGGUAGGAUAGAGUAGGCUACAGUAGGACACGGCACGUUAGGGUACGGUAGGGCUCGAUAGGGUAAUUUAGAGCUCGUUAGGGUAAGGUGGGGUAGUGCUGGAUACGGUAGGGUAGAGUACGGUAGGGUAGGGUAGUGUACUUUUUUUAAUACAGUAUUGCAAUACAGUACAAGAACUGUUUAGGCUGACGUACUACGAGAUUUUAGCUUCUUUUUCGGCCGAAUUGACCAAGCGUAUUGGACGACAAGGUAUUUUCCAGGAAUUGAUGACAAACGAUAUGUAUUACAUUUUGGACAGUAUGUUAACGUGGAUAAUAUGGGAAGGUUUUACCAGGAUGACCAGAACCCGAAGCAAGCUGAAUUGUAAGUUUAGGUAAUUUUCUGGCCGUUUUUUGUUUUGUAAAGAAAGGUUUUGCCAUUUUUGAUUUUGUAAAGAAAGUUCUGGCAAUUUUUUGUUUUGUAAAGAAAGUUCUUGCCAUUUCUUUCUCAAACACUACUAAAAUACACAACUCUAGGUUUUUUAUGCCAACAACCCACAGAUUUGUCCAUCUUACGUUAAAAUUCAAGAAACUGGCAGUUGAUAUAACUGAAGCUGCAGGAAUAGUAGGAGCAGCCUUGUGGAGAGAGGCUAUGCUACACGCUGACUUUAACAUCUCUUUCAACCAACUACAGCUAACUAUGACUGAACUCAAUAAUUAUUGCCGGAAAACCUACCCUGAUAAUCCUAGUCGAUUUGGAUUGCUAAUGCUUAUUCUACGGGAUAUUGAGGUAGGGUAUUACUCUAGCCUAACCUUAUUCUUACUGCAGUUUUAGUCUAUUCUGACCGUAUCAUUAAGUUUGUCUUAUCCCUUCUUGCCUAGACUUGUAGAUGAACUAGGCCGAGCCUUAGUCUGGGCUUUGGCCAUUAGAUCUACGUAUGCUGGCUGUGCCAAGGUUUCAUAAAGUUUUUCCUUGGCUUGGGCCCGUUUGGCUUUGUUUAAAUAUGUUUUGGCCUGGCUAGGCCCUUUUUAAUUUUGCUUUGGCCCACUCCAAACUAUUUUGAAUUUGCUUUUGCUUAGGCCGAGCCGGUCUUUUUUAAAUUUGCUUUGACUCGGCCUAACUCGGCCGACCUAGUGGGACCCCUUUCUAGACAUAGGGAACGUGUCCGGCCUAACGCAAAUUUAAGUCAGGCCGGGCCUGAAAAUCAAGGCCCGGCCCGUUUCUACGUAAAAAAAUUAGGGCCGAACCGAGCUUGAGGAAAAUUUUUAUCGGCCCGGACUUAACGUUCAGGCCCGGCCCGUUACUCAUGGCUACCCUUUUCCAAGCUAUUUCUAUUAUACUAAGAGUUACCACUAGUUGAGGCUUUGACUAGUGCUGAGGACACUAUAAACCUAACUAAUUAAAAUAUUGAGGUCGCGUUCUACUAUGCUUUACUUUAAUUUUAUCUUUGGUCUAGCCAAACGGCUUCUUAAUUUUAAGAAUGACUUUUUCAAAUUUAGGAGCUAAUACAAGGCUUAAAAGAAGCAGUGACAAUUGGAAGGCUUUCUAACGACCAUUAUAAGAAGGCUUUGGAGUCUAUCCUUAUGGUAAGGAGCUUUUUACAUUUAAACAAGUUUUAAAAUAGAAAAAAAUUUUUAAAAAGUUAAAAAUUUUACAUUUUUAGAUCUUCAAGUAAAGACUAAUUACAUCUUACUUCAUCUCAUACUAGCCAUACUUUCAAGUUCAUUAAGUUUCAAGAAGUUUGUUCCUUGGUACAUUACAAUGAAGUUACAAUGUAUUUAAAUAUUUACUUUACUAUAAGUUAUUGUUAUCAUUAUAAUUUUUAUUUUUAUUGAAAUAAUAAACACUAAAAUACCUCAUACUAUGUGCCUCUUGCCUUGCCUUGCCUUGCCAUGCCUUGCCUUUCCUUGUUUUGCCUUGCCUUGCCUUGCCUUGCCUUACUUUUCUUGCUGCCUUGCUCUAGUUUAAUCUACUAUACCCUACUCUAUCUUACCUUACUUAACAUUUAUCAAUUCUUCUGCUCUACCUUACUCUACCCUACCCUACAACAUGUACAAAGCCUUAUUAACGAUUUAGAUACAAAUAAUAUUAUUAUAUGUAUAGGUACCACUCCUGUGUCCUAAAAAUACCAAAGCAAUGACGCAGUUUUUCGUUUGCUGCACCGCUUAUCAUUGUCAUAAUUGUGACUCAAAAAACAACAUUGUUAUCUAAAUUUGGAGCGAAUUUCCCAUCUCAAAAGUCAUAAAACUGGCUGCUCAAUGGUGAAUACCUAGUCUUGUAACAAUGACUUUUGUUUUUCUAAUUUGCAGUGUAUUUUACUAUUUGUUAUUGAUAACUAAUGUUAAUAGCAAGGUUAUUCAAAUACCAUUGGAUGUAGUGGAUUACGGUUUUUCGUCAAGCUUUAAUCAUGAUCAAGGUAUGGAGACGUAUUUUGAAGAGUUUGGGCUUAAAAAUGAAGGGUUUAUCAGUGAUUUUAAUGUGAGAAAACAGUGAAAAAGUCGCAAUUUUACACGAAAAAUUGAAGUUUUAUAGUUUUACAACAUAGGCCGGGGUAUAUAUAGACCGUAUACAACAAACUUUUUGUUGACGUUCUAUUGUAAGAAAAAUCAAUAUUUAUGAAGGUAUGAGUUAUUGAACUUUUAUAAGUGUUGUUAAACUUAAAGCUUAGUUACUUUACAAUUUUUUAGAUGAAAUAUCGUUGAUUGGACGACAUUUUUCAAAGUCUAUAAGGAAUAUCAAGCUAAAAUAUGGAGCUAAUUCUAGUACACAAUGGUUAUAUGGAUAUCAAGACACUAUUUAUAUAGGUAAAAAUUUUUUUAGCUUCUAGUUUUGCUUUGCAGUUGCUUAACCGUGGUUUUUUCUUUAACUUUAGCCUUCUCCUAGUUUUAUUCUAACCAUUUCCUAGUCCUAAUCCAACCUCACUUUACCUAGACUUAGCCUUACCCAAGCUCUGCCUCAUCUCCUAUCCUAGGCUUAUUUUAGUCUUGCUUUAAAACUUACCCUAUCUAGCCUUACCGUAGCCCUGAUUUAACUUUAUUUAAACAGUACCAAGCCUUACAUUAGCCUAUCCUAGCUCUGUUUUUGCGACUACUAUAGACUUAUCCUAGCCUUAAUUUACAGCCUAACUUUUGCCACAUUUAACGUUAGCAUAGGUCAGCCCUAGCCCUUGUUCUAGCCAUUUAAAUGGCCUAAACCUAACCCUAAUCACGCCCCUUUUAUUCUAGAUUAUAUAAAAAACUUGUUUUACUUUCAGGUGAAAUAAAAGUAGGUACGCCACCACAAACGUUCCGAGUAGUGAUAGACACUGGUUCCUCCAAUUUUUGGAUUGUAGACAGCUCGUGCAAAGAGCCUCAAUGUGCAGUUAAAAAUCGAUUUGUAUCAAAAAAUUCUUCAACAUAUACAGCAGUCAACAAACCAUGGAAUAUAAAGUACGGUACUGGAGACGCUAGUGGUACAUCUUGUACUGAAAGUAUAAAACUAAAUGACAAUUUUACUGUACAAAACGCGGAAAUGGGCCAAGCUGUAUUCAUUGCCAAGUUCUUUGAAGAUCAACCUUUAGAUGGCAUUAUGGGCUUGGGUUUUCCUUCAUUGAAUAAGUAUGGAGAACCUAUUUUUAUCACAGCGUACAAACAAGGACUGGUAGAGAAGCAAAUGUUUACUGUUUGGAUGCAUACUGUACCUUUUAACUCUAAAGUAAGUGACUCAACCCUACCCUACCCUACCCUACCCUACCCUACCCUACCCUACCCUACCCUACCCUACCCUACCCUACCCUACCCUACCCUACCCUACCCUACCCUACCCUACCCUACCCUACCCUACCCUACCUUACCCUACCCUACCCUACCCUACCCUACCCUACCCUACCCUACCCUACCUUACCCUACCCUCUACCCUAAUAGGGUCUACUUCACCAUGCUCAUGUAUAACGUUCCGUACCUUACCAUGUCUUCAUCUCACACUACCCGCCUUAUCCUGCCUUUUUUCUAUCAUUCUCUUCUUCUUCUUCUAUCAUUGUAUACCCUACAUUAUCAUUAUUUACAUCUCCUACGCUCUACUAUACUAUGUUUUACACUACCAUGACUUAUACUGCAGUAUCUAUUUCAGGGCAAAAUAGGAGGACAAAUAACGUACGGAGGCGUUGACGAAGUAAACUGUUCACCACAAAUAUCAUACGUACCUCUCAAAGAAGCAGCGUAUUGGCUAUUUACGACAACUCGCUUUACUAUCAAUUCCAAAUCAGUACUUGGAGAUUGGAGAGCAAUAUCUGACACUGGCACAUCGCUAAACCUAUUCCCAACCGAGAUCUUUGACCUGAUCAUAAGUGAAACUCAAGCAGAACCCGAUGCAGAUCAAAAUGGCAUGUACUACGUACGAUGCAACAAAAGAUUCUCGUACAGCUUCGAAGCCCAUGGCAGUGUAUUCAAAAUUGACUUUGACAACACGGUAAUCAAGAUAAGAAACUACUGUUACUUGGCAAUUGAAAAGAUGGAUAACAAGGUCAGUGACGGCAUGCCAGAGAUUAUAUUUGGCAUGCCAUUGAUUCGCCAGUACUGCCAGAUAUAUGACAUGGAAAAUGAGCGAAUUGGGUUCGCUUUAGCUAAUGAUGCGGGUGGUUUGGACUUGAAUUGUACUGUGUUUUUAUUGACUAUUGUACUUGUGUAUAUAAUAAAGCAAUGA